CUCAAGCAAUCCGGCUCCUGCCCACGCACUGCACUAGCCCACUAGCUUAAUUAGCUCUAGUCCGCGGCAGCUAGCUCGGGAUGGCGCCUCAUCCCGUCGGCAUCGUCUUCCUCCUCCUCCUCCUGAUGGCCUCAUCGUACCCGAGAGCCACCGUUGCCGCAGACUCCGUGCUCGGCCGGAAGGCGGCCGGCACCGGCAUCGACGUCGAGGAUGAUCCCGAGCUUGCGGCAGCGGGGCAUGCAGGAGGGAAGUACGCCGUGAUCUUCGACGCCGGAAGCACGGGCACCCGCGUCAACGUCUUCAGGUUCGACAAGAAGAUGGAGCUCGUCGGCAUCGGCGACGGCGAAAUCGAGGUCUUCGCAAAGGUGAAUCCGGGGCUGAGCGCGUACGCCGGACGGCCCCAGGAGGCUGCGACGUCCAUGCUCCCUCUACUUGACAAGGCUAAGAGCACUGUGCCUAAGUGGCUCGCAAGAAGAACGCCCGUUAAGCUAGGGGCGACGGCUGGACUCAGACUUAUCGGAGAUGAGGACGCAGAGCAAAUUCUCCACGCAGUCAGGGAUGUGAUCCACACCAAGAGCAAAUUCCAGUACAAUCCUAGCUAGAUCAUCGUUCUUCAGGGAUCCCAAGAAGGAAUCCACCUAUGGGUUGCUCUGAAUUACCUGCUGAAUAAACUAGGAGGAGACUACACGGAGACGGUAGGCGUGAUUGAUCUCGGAGGCGGGUCUGUGCAAAUGACCUAUGCCAUUUCUGCAGACGCUGCUGCCACUGCUCCCAUAGCGCAGGAUCCCUACGUUACCAAAGAGUAUCUCAAAGGAACAGAUUACAACGUUUACGCCCACAGCUACCUGCACUACGGCACGAUGGCCUCACGCGUGGAGAUCCUGAAGGCGAGGAACGAAGUAUUCAGCUCCUGCAUGCUGCGGGGUUUCACGGGCAAAUACAGCUACAACGGAGAGCAAUUCGACACGACGGCGCCGCCACAGGGGGCAGCAUACGGCAAGUGCAGAGACGAAGUGAUCAAGGCCCUGAAACUGGACGCAGCCUGCAAAGCCCAGAACUGCACCUUCAACGGCGCCUGGAACGGCGGCGGCGGAGCCGGCAUGGACGACCUCUACGUCAGGUCCAGCUUCUACUACAUGGCCCUCGAGGUUGGGUUCAUCCACAGCGGGGCUCCCAGCGGGAAGACCACCCCGGCGGCGUUCGGGGCCACCGCCCAGAAGAUCUGCGCCAUGGGCUUCGAGGAGACCAAGGCUGCGUACCCGCUGGUCCGGCCCGCGGACGCGCCAUAUAUCUGCAUGGACAUCGUCUACGAGUACUCCUUGCUCGUCGAUGGAUUCGGUUUGGAGCCGACGAAGGAGAUCACGGUUGUACAGAAGGUGAAGCACGGGGAAUACUUCCUGUAGGCUGCGUGGCCGCUUGGAGAAGCCAUAGAGGCCGUGGCGCCCAAAAAGAUGACGCUCCAAGAUCAAGAUGCGUGAUUUAGCUAGUACCUUGCAAAUAGGGUGUGCGUUAGUGUAACCUUUUGGACACCUUCGUCGUUCCAUGGUUUGUUUGUGUUUUUAGUUUUUCUGCGGGAGAUCGUUCCAUGGUUGCUGUAAUACCGGUUUGGAAUAAAAUAAAAAUCGCAAUUGAGCAAA